AGAUAGCUAAAAGCCUUUCUAUAUGCUUUUUUUCGCCAAUCAAAACUAGAGGGAGAAGAAAAAAAGAAGAAAAGAAAAAUAAAAAGAAAGAAAGGAUCAGUGAUGGGAAGCUCAAACACUGAGUUAUACUUUGUUUUCAUGAACUUCGAUCCUGAAUAUGAGCGCCUUAGAGCUGAUCGAACAAAGAGAGGAGCACAUGAGCUUGAUUUGUAUCUCAGUAGGAAGCAUGAUCAGCUGCUGGCCAGCGUCCUUGAGCCUGGCAGCUACAAGAAGACAUCAUCUCUGGUCAUUGUUGAUGGGUUUGCAGUAGAAAUCAGUGACGAUCAGGCAAAUGUGCUUAGAUCUGCAAAGGGAGUGAGGGUUGUGGAGAAGAAUCAAGAGCUGGCUUAGUGUAGGAGAGAAGAAAAAGAAAUAAAAAAAAGAAGGCCAAGUUUGAUGCUUCCAAGUGCAGAGCUGAGAUUGGAGUUUGUAUGGUUUUUGUACAUGUUUUGUAUUGGGAUUUGGUUCUGUUGAUGCCAUUAUAAUACCCAUAUAUCUGGUUCCAGAA